AUGGCGGCUGCACCCGUCAGACAGCGCUCCGGGCCAGGGGGACCCCGGGCGCAGCUUCCGCCCUGCUACUACGAAGGAUACCUGGAGAAGCGAGGACCGAAAGAAAAGGCAUCCAUACGACUGUGGACCUGUCUGUGCGGGAAUUCUUUGUAUUUCUUCAAUAAUGCCAAGGACACUCAUUAUGUUGAGAAGCUGGACCUCAGUGGAUUUGUGUCACUGAAGGACGACUGCAGCCGGGACAGAAACCUAGAGGCGGCCAGACUCAUCCUGCGCAUGAAGGAUGGGGAAACCAAACUGACAGCACCCAAUCUGGAAUCAAGGGAGCUGUGGAAAGGUUUCCUCUACUCUGUCAUUGAUCUCAAUGUACCGUCCUGUCUCACGUUGCUGCCGGGCCAGCUGCAGAUGCUGAAGGAGGUGGUGGACAAAGAAAGGUCCAGGCGGAGAACUCGCACUCCCACACGUGCUCCUCCUUCACCGCUCUCUGUGCCUUUAGUAGGAGAGAUCCCACCGUGCUUUCGACCAGUGUCUCGAACAGAGGCUGAAGUCCUUCUAGAGAGACACCCAGACUGCGGCAACAUGUUGCUCCGUCCUGGCAGAGAUGGGUGCUCACUAGCUGUUACCACUCGACAAGACCUCAAUGGGUCAGUGUUCAGACAUUACCGUGUGACUCAGAGGGACCAAGGCGGUUAUGUCAUAGAUGUAGAAAAUCCUAUUCCCUGUGCUACACUUCAUGAGGUCAUUGACGCCCUGGUAGAGAAGACAGCAGGAACUCUACAACCUUUCCUACUGGAGGAGCCGUAUGAGGAGAAUAUCACAUAUGUUUCCGCCAAUGAUGAAAAUGGAGAAAGGAUCCUCCACACUGCCCCCUCCAGCCCACUGCCAAAGGCUCCUGCCCUGCCCCCAAAACAAGACCGUUGGUGCAGCAGUCCCCUGUCCAGAUCCCCCGCCCCAGACCGCCGCAUCCUGACUUCGGCGGUGCCGGCCUCGCCCACCAACCCAAUGAGACGACUCAUUCUCUCCCCUUCGCCUCUCGCACACACGCUCAAUGAGGAACUCAAACUGAAGCUGGAGAAGAGACGAGCCAGUCAGGAGUGA